GCCGCGGUCUGCACCACCUCACCUCUGCUCUCCGUAGCCCGACCCGCUGCUCGCCCGCUGGGAGCGCAGUGGAGCCUAGUGUUGGGCACGAGCCUGGCGGGGCCGCAGGCUCCGCCCUGCUGCGCUCCGCCCCUCCUGGGCUCGGGGGAAAGGCCGCCGCGGGGACAUGUCGUGCCCCCCUCAGCGAGGGCAGGAGUGUGUGAAAGGCAGCGGGGCUGUCAGAGAGCGAAAUGUCAUCAGUGGAAUCACACCAGGAACAAUUGUCCCAGUCAGAUCCAUCCCCGUCACCAAACUCAUGUAGUUCCUUUGAGCUACUAGACAUGGACACUGGCAGUUUGUAUGAGCCAGUUUCUCCUCAUUGGUUUUAUUGUAAAAUAAUAGAUUCUAAGGAGACAUGGAUUCCUUUCAAUUCUGAGGAUUCACAGCAGCUGGAAGAGGCAUAUGGAUCUGGAAAAGAUUGUAAUGGGAGAGUUGUCCCCACUGAUGGGGGCAGAUAUGAUGUGCAUUUGGGGGAGAGGAUGCGGUAUGCUGUAUACUGGGAUGAGCUAGCAUCAGAAGUGAGACGAUGUACCUGGUUUUACAAAGGAGACAAAGAUAAUAAGUAUGUUCCCUACUCAGAGAGCUUCAGCCAAGUAUUAGAGGAAACAUACAUGCUUGCUGUAACUCUGGAUGAGUGGAAAAAGAAACUGGAGUCUCCUAACAGAGAAAUUAUUAUAUUACACAAUCCAAAGCUUAUGGUGCAUUACCAGCCAGUUGCAGGGUCCGAUGAAUGGGGUUCAACACCCACUGAACAGGGUCGACCAAGGACAGUGAAGAGAGGGGUUGAGAACAUUUCUGUUGACAUUCAUUGUGGAGAACCUUUACAAAUAGAUCAUUUGGUUUUUGUAGUCCAUGGGAUUGGACCAGCUUGUGAUCUCCGCUUUCGAAGCAUUGUACAGUGUGUUAACGAUUUUCGCAGUGUUUCCUUGAACCUGCUGCAGACACAUUUUAAGAAAGCCCAAGAAAAUCAGCAGAUUGGAAGGGUAGAAUUUCUUCCAGUCAACUGGCAUAGUCCUUUGCAUUCUACUGGUGUGGAUGUAGAUCUGCAGCGAAUAACUCUGCCCAGCAUUAAUCGCCUAAGGCACUUCACCAAUGACACAAUUCUGGAUGUCUUCUUCUAUAAUAGCCCCACCUACUGUCAGACUAUCGUGGACACAGUUGCUUCUGAAAUGAACCGAAUAUAUACACUUUUUCUUCAGAGGAACCCUGAUUUCAAAGGGGGUGUAUCCAUUGCUGGUCAUAGUUUAGGUUCACUUAUACUGUUUGAUAUACUAACAAAUCAGAAAGAUUCUUUGGGGGAUAUGGACAGUGAAAAGGAUGCACCAAAUAUUGUCAUGGAUGAGGGAGACACACUGACGCUAGAGGAAGAUUUGAAGAAACUUCAACUCUCUGAAUUCUUUAAUCUCUUUGAGAAGGAGAAAGUAGAUAAGGAAGCGCUGGCUUUAUGUACUGACAAAGAUCUUCAAGAAAUGGGAAUUCCCUUAGGACCAAGAAAGAAGAUAUUAAACUACUUUAGGACCAGAAAAAAUUUAAUGGGUAUUAAUAGACCAACCCUGCAGCCAGCUUCAGGGGUGACUAUAUCCAACAUCCUCAAAGAACCAGGCUUCUGCAGUAAAACCAAUGCUACUGGAAAUGGUGACUAUCUGGAUGUUGGCAUUGGGCAGGUGUCUGUAAAAUACCCCCGGCUCAUCUACAAACCAGAAAUAUUCUUUGCCUUUGGAUCUCCCAUUGGAAUGUUCCUUACUGUCCGAGGACUAAAAAGAAUUGAUCCCAACUAUAAAUUUCCAACAUGCAAAGGUUUUUUCAAUAUCUAUCACCCUUUUGAUCCUGUGGCCUAUAGGAUUGAACCGAUGGUGGUUCCAGGAGUGGAAUUUGAGCCAAUGCUAAUCCCACAUCAUAAGGGCAGGAAGCGAAUGCACUUAGAAUUGAGAGAGGGCUUGACCAGGAUGAGUAUGGACCUUAAGAACAACUUGCUAGGUUCACUGCGGAUGGCCUGGAAGUCUUUCACCAGAGCUCCAUACCCUGCCUUACAGGCUUCAGAAACUACAGAAGAAACUGAAGCAGAAUCUGAAUCAAGUUCAGAGAAGCUGAGUGAUGUUAACACAGAAGAGACCCCUGUGACAGUUAAAGAAGAAGUCCCACCCAUCAAUGUGGGAAUGCUGAAUGGAGGCCAGCGCAUUGACUAUGUGCUACAAGAGAAGCCCAUUGAAAGUUUUAAUGAAUAUUUAUUUGCUUUACAAAGCCAUCUAUGCUAUUGGGAGUCUGAAGAUACGGUAUUGCUGGUCCUCAAAGAAAUCUACCAGACCCAGGGCAUCUUCCUUGAUCAGCCUUUACAGUAAAAGUGAACCAUAUAUAGCUGCUUGAUAUGUGUAACUAGAAAGUUCAUGCAUUAGACUCCCGAAUUCUGCCCGGUCGCCUUCCAGUUGUGACUGCAUCGUGACCUCUGUUCCGCUCUUCCCUAGACACUGAAGGACCCUCCCCCAGAAAACGCGCCCGCUUGUCGCUGCCGUUUGCCUCUCCUCAGCCGUGCCACUUCCUGCACGCUGCCUGCCACUCACUCACCGCUGGGUCUUUGGAAGAUAAUCUUGUUAUCUCGGAAGUGAGAGGAAAAGCAAAGGGAAGACCCUGUUACUUUUUACCACUGGCUUCGUAGAAGCACUUGCCACUCUUCAUAGUGGGGUUUGUUUGCAUCUUUAAAUCUGGAUGACAGGUGCCGUCCUCUAUUGCUUAUUAUUUGACAUAGUAUAAAGUCUGUUUUGAGUUUAUUUUGGUUUGGUAGAAAUUUUUCUAGGAAAUUAUUGCUUAUCUUUAGGAAAUGCUUCAGUUUGUAAGCAGGCUCCGGAGAGUCAGAAGGCAUUUUGGGGUGCGCUCAUCUCAUCACUGUUCUCUGCAUUUGGAGGCUAAGUGGGUGUGGAGUUGGGCAGCUUCCUUCGAGCAGCUUUUGUUGCCUACAAGUACUGUGUGAGGGACUGAAGUGUAGCUCACACUCAGCGUUGUUUACUCUCCGCAGCGGACCGCUGCCUGCAAGGAAUCACUGAUGCUAUUCGUUGUUUUCCCAGCUGUUCGAGCUGCUCUCAGAGUCUUCAGUGGAUAAUUUAGUUCACAUUAGGUGCAUCUUUAUAAAGCAAAGAUGUUAUAUAUUCUAGACCUGGCCUUUCAUAUCAUGCUUCAAGUGGGGAGACUCGAGAUGAAAUCUUAGUUAUUUGAUAGUAACUUCUGUUCUUAAGUUGAGGUCAGAGUUAUAAGGGCUGACAAAACCUGAAAUCCCAUGGCCUUGACAGCGGACUAAAAUCAGUAGUACAUUUAAGGUGAAAUAGAAUUUGUGCAAGUCAACCACGAUAUUCACUUGAGUGAAGGCAGUAUUGUGUGUCCUCUUUGAAAACAUUUUGUAAACACUAUUGCCUCCUUAGGUACCCAUAAUCCAGAGAGCUUAUCUAACAGCCUCAUGGCACAGGUCGUGUUGGCUGGGCAGGUAGCUUCAGCUGGGAGAAAUAUUUCUUAUUCUGAAAGAAAAAUCUGUGCAGCCAGUGCAGAGUCCGUGUCAGAACAUGCAAAGUGAGAUGUCCGUACCUUGCAGACGGCGGGUGCAUAUGGACUGAUAUUUUCCAGGGCAUCUGCUCACCGCUGUGCUGUAUGUUCUUUCUCAUUGUUCAGAGUUUGUCAUUGACUUUGCAGUUCUCUUUGUGACAGUCCUUUACCCUCUUCGCCAACUUCUAUAGGCCUCUCUGUUUAUAAAGUGGAAUAGGCAGGCAAGCUGUGUUUUGUUUUUUAUAAAAAAAGGGUUUUUUUGUAAAUGUAUCAUGGUUAUCCAGUGCAUUGGCAUUUAACAUUUACUUAAGCCAUCCGUGUGACAGCAGUGAUCUCUAUCCCUUUCCAGAGAAAAGGAAAGGGAAGGUUGAUCAUUGUCACCUUAGAGAUGGCAGAGGUAGGGCUGGGGUACAGAAUCCAUUCCUGGCCUUUACUUGUCCAUCUGCUUAUAGACUAAUGCUGAGCCACUAAGAAGUGUCAGAUAUAUGGAAUACUUUUAUUUUCUUUACUAUAUAAGCUGAGUUUGAAGUAAGGGCGCAUUCAAUUAUAUUUUAAAGGGGAAGCUUUUGUCAAGUUGUUGUCUUCAAAUUUAAAUUUAUUCUUCAUAUUAGCAGAAUAGCUUAAGAGUAAACCAAAGGACAAGCAAGAAAGAAUGAGUCCCUAUAACCAAAGAUGAACAGCGUAACCCUGGAUAGCUAGAUAAACCACUGUUGGUACUAAGAAAAGUUUUCUGAUGGUGAGGGGCAGGCGACUGUAAAAGAGCUUCCUAUCUCGUCUCUCCACCUACGGUAUCAUCAUGGUUGUGUAGUACACAGGUUAAUAAGCUUGAUUUAAAUUCUUUAUUUAGCUGUGUUCUUUGCACUACUUCAGUUGUAUCACGUGCAAUCUCUUGACCAAGCCUACUUUUAAACUCUGUAGAGUAUCAUUUUAUACAUAGUCCCUGCUACAGAAUUUGUAUUGCUUAUCUCAGCAAGAGAUUGUGUGCAUGGGAAGAUUAAUAGCACUGAUUAGCUUUCUAAUAUUUUGCACUUUUUGAAAUGUUUGUUUUUUACAUGAUUCUAUUUAAAAGUUUAUGAAAUACUGAAAUAAAACCAUAUUGACCAGUUGCCUACUUU